UGGCUGUUCCCUGCAUCUGAGUGUUGCUCUUUGAGGCUAUAAAAAGAUGAGAGGAUGGGAAGCAGCAGCAGCCGAGCAGUGACAAGCUGGACAGACAGAUCCAGCGAGACAGACAUACGACAGAGAUCUAACAGCAGCAGAGUCUGGGAACCUGAUCUUACUUCAAGGAUGUGCAAGGGACUAGCUGGAGUGACCGCUUUCCCUGCCACCUGUCUGAAAAGUGCUAAAGAUAUCAAGCACCGCUUGGGAUUCCUGCUGCAGAAAGCAGAUGGGUGUGAACACAGCCCAUGUGUAAAGAAAGACAAACCUGGUAGCCAGAGGCUGAGACAAGAUGAAGUUAAGAAAUGGGCUGAAUCUUUGGAGAACCUGAUAAACAAUGAAUGUGGUUUGGCAGCUUUUCGGGCCUUCCUUCAAUCAGAAUACAGUGAGGAAAACAUUGAUUUUUGGUUAGCCUGCGAGAAUUACAAAAAAGUCAAGACCCCAGAAAAGUUACUUGAGAAAGCUCAGAAGAUCUAUGAAGACUUCAUCUCAGUGGAGGCCACAAGAGAAGUUAAUCUGGACUCAGCCACACGUGAGGAGACAAGCAAUAAUAUCAUACAACCCACACAUUCUACCUUUGACGAGGCCCAGCACAGGAUAUUUAUCUUGAUGGAGAAGGAUUCCUACCGACGCUUCCUCAAGUCAAAAUUCUACCUUGAUCUUGUACUGAGCAGCAGUGGGGCAAGCACCAAGAAGAUGAAAGUUCUCACCACAGACAGUAACCCCUUCAUCCCGCAGUGUGCUUGAUACACAAGACACUACUGUGCUCUAAGAACUUAGCAUCUAUGUGCUCCUAUUUAUACUGUACGAUGGCUCAGAAGUGGUGUCGAGCCAGCUCCUCAUAUUUAUUACAUAUGUGUGUGAGUGUUGCAUGCAUUUCAUGUCAUAUUGGGGUGAGCUGGAAAAAUCGCAUAGACCUAUGGGUUUUUGUUGCAGGAUUAUGACUCACUGGAGAGCUGGGAAUGCAGAUUCCACACAACACUCUCAGGCAUUAUUUGUAGGUGGCUUUGCACUGAAUCCUUUAAGUUACCUUUGUUAUACCAGUAUUCCCAAGAAUGGUGCCCAUUUUAUUUUGCACUGACCAGGUUAGUUUAUCAUCCUGAAAACUAGCCUUUCACAUACUCUCACAACACAGUGUCAAUAAUUCCCCUGUGGUAGUGAAGCAUAGAUUGUAUACUAUAUGCUUGUGCCACUAUACAUUCUAAACAGGGACAUUUUGCACCUCGGCACCCACAAGGCUUCAUGUUUAUUGGGCGUAUUGAGGAAGACUACUGGUUAAGGCAGACAAUUCUGCUCAUCAGUUACACACUAUUAGAUUAGUAAGAGCUGUUCUCUUAGACAAAGCUCUCUGUGACUUAACAAUUAUUAUUUUUUUAACAAAUAUAUUGUUGUCCUCUCCUUUUUAACUUAUGUUUGUAAGAAAAAAAUAAUUGCCGAAGGCUCUCCUUGAUCAAAACCUUGUUUUCUGAACAACAGAGAGAACUGGAUAUGGAUUGAGGAAAGUGGAAAUAUUUUGUGUGAGACUUGCUGCUGAAGGUGCAAUCCUUUCAUUUUCUUUAAACAAGCAUGGAUUUGCCUGGGUACUAUUUAACUUGUGCAUGCUUGUAGUAAAUUGUCUGUGAAACCAAAUAAAUAUGUAAUACAAACCAAAUAUUGUUACUGUGUAUGGUUACCUAGAACAGGCACUGUGAAUCAGCACCAUACAUUCCACCAGCAGAAAUUACUUAAUGCUACAAACUGGGGCAUUGUACUGACUUCAUACAUAACCAAUGCAAACAUGAUAAUAUAAUGUAAAUCUAUACAAAGCAAGUCAUUUCAAAGAAUGAACUGUUUGAAUCGACCCCUUUGCUUUGCAAUGCUUUAGUUAUUUUUCACUGACUAAUGGCCAGCAGAGACACUGCUCUUGGCAUGCACAAAAUGUUAGUUUAGCAGUGAUUGUAUCUAACUCAUAUUAAACAUUAAUGCUACAGUCUGA